AGACACAGUAACUGGCAAUUACUGAAAUUUCAUUACAAAGCCAAUUCACUUGCUACUUACAAGUCACCAGUGUAUCUUGUCUUCGCCUUCCAUUAGGCAAUACUUUGUCGGGUCUCUUUCACUCACUUACCCUGAAUCUUGUCAGUCUCACUUUCACAACAGUGGCGCAAACACGGGUCAUAACAACCCCUACCAAAACCCCUGUAUAUUUGUGGUUUUCAAUACCAUUCGCCCCAACACUUAAAUGGUGCCGCAGUCAAGCCGGAUAUCUCACCUCCUCAAUUCCCCACCUCAAUCACAGUACACAACCGCGCGAUACCCGAGGUUUCAACAUGGCACAUCCAAACCUCCAUCCUGAAAUCUCUGAUCGUACUCCACCACCUGUGCAUAUUCAAACAAGCCCCCCAGACUAUGUUUGUAUACAUCCCACUGCGCUGGACCCAGCAUACAACGGACCUGCACGUCCUCCAUCGCCCGUCGUAAUCACAGCACCAGCCUUGUCUACAAACUCAACAACUGCAGUAGGAUUUAUAGCCAAUCACACUACACCUUCCACUCCACAUUCCAACACAGAUGACUGUCCCAUUUGCCUGGACAGCUAUACUACUGAGAACUGUCUCCAAAUUACAGGCAUUACAGGAUGCAAGCACCGGAUUGGUAGCAUGUGUUUGCGAAAACUGCUCAAUCGCCAUCCCGGAGACGAGAAGAAAUGUCCGUUGUGUCGCACAGUCUGGAUACCGGGCGUUGUCUCCAACUUCGCUGCACGAGACCGAAGUCUUGCUAAUAUAAGAGCGAUGACCAGCAUGCUCCGGAGUACAGGUGGAGAAGCUUCCAGUUCACGCAAUCGGCUUCCAUACGGAUACACGGCGUACCCUAUUAUGACAACGGACAGUCAACGUGUGGUACGAACUUACACACAGCCAUCGUCACUAUGGCAGCCCCGAUAUCAAUCCGUCCUCAUUGACUCGUCAGAGGAAGCAGAAGAUAGAGACUCAGAAGAAGAGGAUUACGCAACCCAAGUCCGAAAUUAUGAAGACCUAACGGCCCAUAUCGCUGAUAUACGGCGUCGAGCAGACAACCUAGUAGCGGAUCGGACCAACCGAAACAGACGCCAGGACCAAUUGCAACACGGCCAUGAGAGCCAGUCUCGCGGCGGUAGCGAGACCAACAGAGUCGGGCCUAGAAGAAGGAGAGGAGCCAUCUCCGCCAAUGCACCAGGAGCGAACGUGCUUAACCGCUUCAUGAACGUGCGCGCAUUGAACGCUUUCCGAACCGCCGUGAACGGGACUGCACUCGAAGUUGAGGCUAGGGGCGACCGCUUCACCGGCCAUGUUAUGCGGGGAAUGGCGCGUGCACGGGACGAGCCCAAUGCUGGAGAAGGACAGCAUCGCGCCACGCCUGGCGAGGGCUUGAUGAUGGCAGGUCAGCAGCAAGAUACCAUCUCAUCUGCCGAGGCAUCUGUUUCUCUGAAUCUACAGACUCAUACUCGGCGUGCUGGCGCAGAUGUCGAAGUGACUGGAUCUCGCAGCAGUAUUCCACAACCUCACACUCGUAUCUCUCAUUCAUUCCGCACUCCCGAAGCCCGCGCUCAGUACCUAGACGAGCGAGAGCGGUUUUUAGAUGUCCGGUACACAAACUUGCUAAGGUGGGAAACAGCGCUUCAAGAGCGCGAGAUGAGGGCAGAGAAUACGCUUGCACUAAUAACGAGGCAAAGGAGCGAGUUGGAAGCAUUACUGCGAAGGCAGCGAGAGGAAUUGGAGACAAGGAAGAACCACCUGACCAUGGUCAACUCUGCGAUAAUACCAUUAAACAUCGAUAGCGAUACACAGAUACAGAUCUAA